AUGGAUCCUGUUGAGGAGGCGGUGUUGUAUUUGACGAGGACCUUUGAGAAAAUGUUGGUGCCAUGCAGGGUGCAUAACACGAGCGAAAAGGGAAAGCACGUUAUUGCAACAGCCGAAAUCCCGGCGCAAAGUGAUCUCUUUGAGGAGGCACCCAUCGUGUCGUGGCCGGCACAGGGAUACGUCGCACUCGACAUUCCCUUUUGUUCACACUGCCUCCGCCAGCAGGCGAAUUCAGACGCAGCAAAUACGCAGAAUGAUUCUUUGUGGCGCACGUGUGACGGUUGUGGUUCAUAUUUUUGUUCAGAUAACUGUGAGUUCUCUAGCAAGAUGGCCCACCACAUUUUAUGCGGUGCUCUACGGCAGCUUCGCGAAGAGGAGGUCGUUGGAUCUUUUGAUACGGAUACAGGCAAACGUUUUGACCUAACUAUCACGAAAGAAUCCUUGGCACGAUGUGUUGCCUGGGUCGUAGCUCGCAUUGCAACAUCCAUUAAACAACAACAAUUCAGUGGAGAGUUUUUGGAGAGACAUCACACAGAACAUGAGGGAAGUAUUUCCCGGCAACUCUUUCACAUUGCUUGUGCGCCUUUUAACCGCCUUAUUGAUGCUCCCAAGGGUACCGAGUUCGGUGAUGUAGACGCUCUUUCCUGGUAUCGGACUGUGGAUCGUUUGCUACGGGAGCCAUGUCGCAUUGCUCUCUUAGAGGCGACUUUACCGCCACGGUCUGAGAACGACGCCUGGGCCCUAGAAAUCGUUGAUGCAUUGUUGCGCCACGAAACUCUGGAAACAUUUCUGGGUCAAAUGUCGUUGAAUUCACAGGCCAUAAACGGCUUUAUCGUCCAAUCUCCAUCAGGCGAAAAGGCUUUUUCUGCCAUCCCACUGGUUGAAUGGGUACUCAAGGGUGGGGCAGUAUAUGCUCUACAAUCUGCUUUUAAUCAUUCGUGUGACCCUAAUGUAAGUGUGAGUAAUGUGGAUGGCACACAUGACAUCACACUUCGUACGCUUCGUCCAGUGAAAAGCGGUGAGGAGCUUACUAUCACGUACAUACCAUUAGAGAACACCACACCUGAGCAAAGGAAUGAAAAGUUAAAAGGGUAUUUUUUCACUUGUCGAUGCCUUCGGUGCCAGGAGGAAAAUAAUGGAGAGGGAGAGAGAGAGAGAGAGAACGAAGGGGAAGGAAGAAGUAAAGAAAAUUAA